CCCAGGCGGAGGCCCAGCGCGCAGCUCCCCAGCCCCCUCCUCUUCGGAUGUGGCUUGAGCUGUAGGCGCGCAGGGCCGGAGACGCCGCAGACCCGGGACGUGGAGCAGCUCGGAGGCGGUGAAUAAUAGCUCUUCAAGUCUGCAAUAAAAAAUGGCCUCCAAUAAAACUACAUUGCAAAAAAUGGGAAGGAAACAGAAUGGAAAGAGUAAAAAAGUGGAAGAGGCAGAACCUGAAGAAUUUGUGGUGGAAAAAGUGCUGGACCGACGUGUAGUGAAUGGGAAGGUGGAGUAUUUUCUGAAGUGGAAGGGAUUUACAGAUGCUGACAAUACUUGGGAACCUGAAGAAAAUUUAGAUUGUCCAGAAUUAAUUGAAGCUUUUCUUAAUUCUCAAAAAGCUGGCAAAGAAAAAGAUGGUACAAAAAGAAAAUCUUUAUCUGACAGCGAGUCUGAUGACAGCAAAUCUAAGAAGAAGAGAGAUGCUGCUGACAAACCAAGAGGCUUUGCCAGAGGUCUUGAUCCUGAGCGAAUAAUUGGUGCCACAGACAGCAGUGGAGAAUUAAUGUUUCUCAUGAAAUGGAAGGAUUCCGAUGAGGCAGACUUGGUGCUGGCGAAGGAGGCAAACAUGAAGUGCCCUCAGAUUGUCAUUGCGUUUUAUGAAGAGAGACUAACUUGGCAUUCUUGUCCAGAAGAUGAAGCUCAAUAAUUGUUUGUGUUGCUUUUUAUAUAUAUUUAUAUAUAUAUAAAAUCUGGGUCUUGGUUUUUUGAUUUGUUAGUGUGAAGAAUAACUACAUUCUAAUGGAAAUCAAGUUUGAUAAUGUUUGUUUUGAAGUAGUACUGGGAGUUGGAGUUUUUGGGGGUUUUUUUGUUGUUGUUGCAUCAAUAGCACUGGUUACUUUGAACAAAUAAAAGCUUUCUAUAGUUGCUUCAUUGAUCAGAAAAGAACAUUUGAUACCAUGGUAUGUUAUUUCCUCUGCAUUAGAGAAUAGCUUUUCUAAAUAUUGGAAAAAUUUACGUAGUCAUUACUGAAUCAGAACUUGUGUUUAACCCGUAAUGUAUGCCUAAGGACCAUUUUGAGUUUUUUGUUUGUUUUUGUGUGUGUGCAUAAAUACAUAUGUAAAUUUUAUUUUAUUUUACAUUCAUCAAAAACAAAACUCUUCUAAACAAAAAUGGUAUUUCACAACCAUGGGUAAGUCCAUGUUGUUUCAGGGAUGCUAUCCUUAUGAGCAACUCAAGAAAUAGAUCACCUCAAGUUAAAAAGUUUUGAAGCCAUAGCUUUCGAAUCAAAUGAUCCUGUAAUUAAUUGGAAAAUUUAAAAUAUCUAUAUCAAAAUUCAUAUCUAUGUAGUCAUAUAAGUGAAACCAUUUAUUUGCAGAAUUUCCUAAAAGAAAAAUCUUAACCACUACUAAAAAAAAACCCCACCCAGAUAAGAAAACUAGACAAAUAAUGAUAUAUUUUAAUAAGCCAAGCAAGGCUUAGUUAAAUGGACAUUUGUUCCUUCUAGAGAGCCAUUCCUUUACAGAAAGUUGAAAUCCCUGUGCUAUAUUGACUGAAAGGCCGUGAUUCAUGGAGUGUCUAAGACCUUGCUGGUGAAAACCUAAAAAAGAUGGUUAGAGAUGUUGCAGAUUAGGACCUGCUGGCAUAAAUGGGUGAACAAAUUUGUAAUCUAAAUUAUCGACCUGCAUGUUUUUCUUUACCCCAACCCAUUCUUUACAUGUAGGUUCAGCCUCCUCAGUAUUUGGGUUACUAGUUCAGUUGAAGCCAGGAAAAACAACUUUGUAGUAAUCACAAUGUUAAUCCAAUUGUAUAUUGUUUACUUUAUUGUAAAUAAUGGUGAACAGUGGUUAAUAAAUAGUUUUAUAUUCCUUUA